AAACACUCUACUUUUUGUAAAAUGUCAUUGUUGUGGCUCUAGUUCUUAGUUACAAGUACUGAGAGUUAUAAGUAGCGAAAGGGCCUGUACUGUGACUGUCCUUUUGCAUUUCUUUCUUCAUUUACCAAAGUAGGCAAGUAGGUCUUAGUCUGCUCAUGGAGGACGGUUAAACAUACCAAGUGAGAUUUAAAUAAUGAACAAGUUCAAGAAAUUGUAAAAGUCUAGUUUAGACUCAUUUAUUCAACUGAAACAUUGUUAGCCAACUUGACUAAAUUAUUGGCCUAGCUGGCUUUGUAGUGUCACUGUGUACUAUUCCUAAGUUAGUAACAGUCUAAGUUUGUAGCUAACUAACUAUAACUAAAACUAUUUGUCUAUUAUAUAAAGCCCAAAAACUAAGCCCUAUUCAACAAAGACAAAAUUUAAUGAAACGAACUAAGUAACUAAGCUUCAAAGUAUAGUUAUAUAUUAUUGCUACUCUUAAACCUUAGCCUGAAAAGACAUACUACGACUAGACUACAACCAUGGGCGCCCGCAGAAAACUUUCUAGGGUGGUCCAAAAAAAAUCGAUUAACUUUCCAGGGGGGGGGGGGGGAAAAAUUUUUUUAGUAAAGUUUUAAUAUAGUAUAGUUUUCAUUUACUGUAGCGUAUUUGUAUGGUGAACGNACUUUCCAGGGGGGGGGGGGGGCAAAAUUUUUUUAGUAAAGUUUUAAUAUAGUAUAGUUUUCAUUUACUGUAGCGUAUUUGUAUGGUGAACGAACGGACAGGACAUCAGCUUAGUUACUUUUUCUUUAUUUUCUCUUUACUUUAAUACAUUUUUUGUCUAUUUUUGUCUAAAAAUUUUUUAUCCAAUCAAUCGAGGGGGGGGGGGGGCAAGUACCCCACCUUGCCCCUACCUGCGGGCGCCCAUGACUACAACUCAUGUAACUUAUAACUUAUAUAAGUUGUAGUCUUUAAGUUUCUGUGUUUAGUUUAUAAUACAAAGUAGGAAAAUUAUAUGACAAUAAGGGGGAGAGAUUGCAGUCAGAUUAGCUGGAAGGCAAAAUGUGAAACUAAGUAUGGGAAAAGCUGAAUAUGGUUUUGUUGCAUCCUUUUUUCAGGUUUUCCCAUGCCCAUACUUUGUUUCACUUAUAUCUUUAAGCCUAUUAUAAUAAAUAUGUAGGCUAUUACCCACAAUCAGUGGUGGACUAGUAAGGGUGUCAAUUUACCCAAUGGCGCGUGGGCGCCUGAACAUUAGACAAAAUCUUAUAAUUUGUUUUUAUGACCUUUAAGUGGCUUGAAUAUCUAACAAUAAAAGAAAUACUUCAGUAAAUCUAUUGACAUGCUAAUGGCUCGUUAUGGAUUAUUAAUUACUUCAGUAAAUCUAUUGACAUGCCAAUGGGUUGUAAUGGAUAUCAAUUAAUUCAGUAAAUCUAUGAACAUGUUAUUGGCUUGUUAUGGAUUAUUAAUUACCGGUACUUCAGUAAAUCUAUUGACAUGCUAAUGGCUUGUUAUGGAUUAUCAAGUACUUCAUUAAAUCUAUGAACAUGCUAAUGGCUUGUUAUGGAUUAUCAAUUAAUUCAGCAAAUCUAUUGACAUGCUAAUGGCUUGUUAUAGAUUAUCAAUUACUUCAUUAAAUCUAAAAACAUGCUAAUGGGUUGUUAUGGAUUAUCAAUUACUUCAGUAAAACUGUGAACAUGCUAAUUGCUUGUUAUGGAUUAUCAAUUAAUUCAGCAAAUCUAUUGACAUGCUAAUGGCUUGUUAUAGAUUAUCAAUUACUUCAUUAAAUCUAAAAACAUGCUAAUGGGUUGUUAUGGAUUAUCAAUUACUUCAGUAAAACUGUGAACAUGCUAAUUGCUUGUCAUGGAUUAUCAAUUAAUUCAGCAAACCUAUUGACAUGCUAAUGGCUUGUUAUGGAUUAUCAAGUACUUCAUUAAAUCUAUGAACAUGCUAAUGGCUUGUUAUGGAUUAUCAAUUAAUUCAGCAAAUCUAUUGACAUGCUAAUGGUUUGUUAUAGAUUAUCAAUUACUUCAUUAAAUCUAAAAACAUGCUAAUGGAUUGUUAUGGAUUAUCAAUUAAUUCAGUAAAUCUAUUGAUAUGCUACUGGUUCGUUAUGAAUUACAAAUUCUUUCAGCAAAGCUAAUGAGAUACUUAUGGUCUGUUGUGGAUUAUCAAUUACUUCAGUAAAUCUGACAUGCUAAUGGCUUGUUAUGGAUUAUAAAUGAUACAAGAUUCAGAUGAGUUUGAUGCAGAAACUAAAAGAGGAGCAAACAUUUUACUCUAAAGACUUGUAAAGUUUGAAACAAUGCUAACAUGAACAUCAUUAACUUGUAUAUAUUUGAAAGUACAGCCCCAUUAUCAAGUGAUUCACAGAUAUGAUGUAUACAUAGCUUUAAUGAGUUGAUUCAGCUAAAACAAAGUUGAAGGAACAGAGAACUUAUGAGCUUUUAAUGCAAAAAAGUUGUAAAGGUAUGAAAGGUUAUGCUGAUUGGACCAAGCAAAGUUUAAACCUUAAUAAAAGGCCUUGAAGAUGAGCCAUUGGAUGAUAUUAUUAAUCUGUUGCCAUAAAUCAGCAAAAAUCAGGCAAUAUUUGAAUUGUUUUCACUUGCUUCAAACUGAUAUGCAUUUUACAGCUAUUGCUUGACAAUGAUAUAAGCUUAGGCAUUCCAGUUACAAAAAGUUAUACAUUCUGUGUAGGCAACAAUUGUUGUGAGAUUUACAAAAUGAUCCGGUGAAUACAAAUGAUUGCUCUCAAAACCUAGUUGUGAAAGUGUAAAAUAUACAAUAGUAGCAACCUAUUAAAAAAAUAGCAUCUAUUUAUUUAAUAUUCGCUGAAAACUAUUAGUAGACAUUUAAUAUGUACCAUAUAUUAUGUCCACUGUACUGUAAUUGCUAUUUUAAAAAAUUAAUAUAAGGCCAAUUUUUUAAUAUUUUUUAAAGUUUUAUUUAUUUCUUAUGGAAGUAAAAUAAUAAUGAUAGUCAUAAAGAUGUGAGUGGUUCUCCUUUUUCUCCUGCCUGGAAACCAAUAUUUUUAGACCCAGUCCCCCGCUGUUGGCUAUUAUUAUUAUUAUGUACAUUAUUAAGUUUUAGUGUCAAAUCACCUGAGACUAUUUGAUAAUUGAUAACCCACUAUGAUAAAAGAGUUAUAUAACAAGGGUAGUAUUUUAAGUAGGACUGCUGGUUUAGCAGCAUGGUUAUAGUGACUGCAUAUCUCAAAUCUGAAACAUGGCUUUGUUUACAAAAUUGUUAAUCCAUGCCUGCCAAUUACGAUAUUUUUUUUUUUUUGGUUUAAAUUUACAUCACUACCUUCUUGUUCUCAUCAAAACAAAUUAAAUAUUUAACAACACAAAUGUGUAUUGUUUUACUAUUUAUAAUGACUAUAAGCAGUUCUAAAUAAAGUAAAUCUGUAGUCUAUAACUUUUAUUAUAUAGUUUAUAAUUGUGUUGCUAUUUAUGGCUUGUAUGUGUUUACUUCAAAUCCAUGAUGAGCAAAUUAUUUUACCUAUAAUAAUUUUCACUAAUUAUUUUUAAAAAUUCUUGAACAGGAACAGUUAACACAUAGGAGCAAAGAUGAAAACCAAGUCAUGAACACUGCAGGACUAAGCUGUCAGGAAUUCAUAGAAAGUCUUCUGUGACCAAUCAUCCCAACACAAAGAAGAAAUGGAUGUUAGGUUAAGGAAACUUGUGUUUUUGUUGAUUCAUUUUACUUUGGUACAGAGAACAGGUAAUUAUUUUAAUUCAUGUUUUAAAAAAAAAUAAUCACAACACGCAGAAUUCAUGGUUGUACUACAAAAUUAUUUUGAACAUAACAGUACCAGUAUUUAUUUCUACUUCAGUAUAACUCAUUUACCUUCAUUUGGUAUUUAUAAUGCACAUUUGUAAUCAACUGAGAAUGCAUCAAACAUAAAAUAUUUACCUAUAAAUUAGGAAAAGGUAAAAAUCUAUUUUGGACCAUACAUUCCACCAUAUUUAAAUAUAAGUUUCUUAUGCAUUACAGGCAGCCAGUACUAUAGCACCCAAACUUGCACUGAUUUUUCAAGUCCAAUGGCAUUUACAACUAUUGCCUCACGGACAGGAACCUUUCAGUUCCCGAAUUCUGGAGUCAAGUAUAAGGCGUAAGUGUUAAAAAAAAAUUGCUGAGACUCCUGAAUGGCUCAUUUUUCUGAAAGUUCUGUAGCUUAAAAAAAUUGUUUUAGUUGUCUCUAAAAAUAUUGUCUUUAAUUAUUUAAAAGUAUAAUGAAGCUAAGAAAGAUAGCUGAUGUGUGGAAGAACAUUAAUUAAAAAUAAUAAAUUGUUGAGUUACUUGUAUAAAUAUAUUACAAUAGCUAUGUAGACCUCGGCAGACACUUGCCAUUAUAGUUUAUGAGUGGGACCUCAUGAACUUGCUCAUAUGUUUUUGGUACAACUCAAUGUCACAAAGGUUAAACCUGGCAGUAGUUUGACAAUUGCGGGUAGUUUUAUCACUAGCUUCACCCACUCAAUGAGACAAGAGUCAGAUCUGGUAGUAAGUGCUUGCACUUCGUGCAAGUAGGUCGAGUUUAAAGUAGUUGUUGCUCUAGAAGAAAUUUUUAUUUUUUAUUUUUAGAAAAGAUGACUUCUAAUCUCUCAAAUAUUUUUUCCCCAAUACUUUUGUUUUCCUAUUUAUAAAAAAAAUUGGUGAACAGGGAGGUGCCGUUUUUGUGUUUGUCUAUUUAUUUUAUUGAAUUGAAAUUUAAAUUCACAAAUAACCCAAAAUAAAAUUGGCUCUAACAAUCUUUUUCAGAAAUGAAAAAUGUGAUUGGAGCAUCACAUCUGAGUCUCCUGAUAUGAUCAUCAAGCUGCAAAUAACCUUAAGCAACUUAGAGGGAAAAGACAUAUAUGGGGAAUGUAACAGAGACUAUGUUGACAUAUUCAAUAGUGAGUGUAUGUCUGUCACAAGUUAAGUCAGAUUUCUCCAAAUGACAGAUGGGCUUCUUUCUUAUUUCUGUUUAAGUUAAAAAUGAAAGUUUGUUUACAUUUUGUUUCCUGUAGAUAGUGUUCCAUUUAAAAAACUAAAUUGUUUUUGAUAAUAACUUCCAACACACCAUAACAAAGCUACCUUGUUAAUUUGCUCUCUACAAAUUACAGGGUUGAAUAACAUGAUACAUUUUGCCCAAUUUUUUAAAAUAAUAAUUGUAAUAAUUGUAUAAUAAUAAUAAUAAUAAAUAAUUGCCAUAGUUUUUUUUUCUUCCUUUACUAAGGGAUUAAUGGUGAGGAUGUUUUUCUAAACCGUUUCUGUGGAUAUCAAACGGGAGUAUACCAAAGCAGUGGUCCAGUGAUGGUUGUUCGUUUUAUGUCAAAUGAAGCGUUUGAGUUUUCUGGGUUCUCAGCUAAAUAUCAAGCAGUCAAAGGAGGUAACAAUGAUAUAGAACUUCUGGUUUAAUAGUUUCAAAACGAAGAACUGUAGUUGAUUUUUUUUUUUUUUUUAAAAGUAAUUUCACACAUUUUUAAGUAAAUUUUUUUUUAUCCCAACUAGAAACCACUGAUGGCCUCAGUUCUCACAACACAACAAUUUUAGCAAUUUGCAUUCCUGUGGCUGUUGUACUCCUGGCCAUGACCGUCCCAUUUACCUGGGGCAUGGUCAAGCUGUACAAACGAAGGAGAGCAUCCAGUGCACCUCGCUUAGUUGACAGCAUUCCACCCCAAGGCAGGAUAGUCCCACGCAGACCACAGCCAUAUCAGAGAAACACACACAGCAGCUCACACAUAUCCACGGGUGCUGAUUACGGAUAUGACAUUUACAAUGAACCUUAUCAAGUCCAUAUGCCUUUGGAGUUUGAGGAUAAUUUACGUAGCGUCACCCCUCCGCCAGCCUAUGACUCAAUAUGUUAUGAUUCUGCAAAUUUUGGGAAUGAUGGUCUACCUACGAGCCCACCUCCAUAUGAGCAGGUUCUUAAGUCAAAUAUGGAGCAACAGGAUUCCAGCACUGAUGCAUAUGUUUAACAGCAGUUGGCCUCUGGCUUUGCUUGUCAUACUUUAAAGGGCAAUGUCUUGAAAGAAUAUUCUGUAUAUUGAUAAAAAGAUUUAAUUCAUGAUAAGUCAUUGAGAUGUGAUUUAUUUUCAUCAAAUAACUCCUCAACUUUUAAAAAAAAAGAAGUUUUGAAUACAUUUGACAAUUUUAGAAAUAUUAUUCAUCUUUUCAAUAGAAGAAUUUAAUAAAUGUUUAAAAAAAAUAGAGUUAUCAGAAUAUUUUAAUUAACUUUAUUUCUUAUAAAAGUUCCACCAUCUUAAUGAUUUUUAUAACUUCAUCUUUUCUACAAUUAUUUCUCCACAAGAAAAUUAAAAAACAAUUUUCUUCAGGCUUACAUAUUUUAUUUUAUACAUAAAUAUGGUGGAGCCUUCCAAGACGUUAAGACAUAUAAUAAUAAACUAAACAAUAAAAUUAAAAAAGCGAAAGAUGUUUGAUCUGUUUUAAUUAUUAAAUAAGAAUACUUUCUAAGAAUUUGGAUUUGCUCGCAAAAAUCUAAAACUAACCUUCCUUUAAGUUGAAUGUACUCUAUGAUUAUGAUAUAAACAACUGACAUUGGACUUUACUGUCUGGACAUGGCACAUUUUUCUUCUAAAACAGGUUUAAAAAAAGAUACAUUCGACCAGUUUUUCAUCACAACUGAUUAUAAAACUACUUACAACACCUCCUCCCCCCCCCUCCCCCCACUUUUUUCCAGGAAAGGUUAAAAUGGAAUUACUCUUGAGUCUUCCUCUUUGUGCAAUACUUUGUGUUAUUGGUCUCAAUAAAAAAUAAACUUUUAUUCAAUUUUCUGACAUGUUACAAGAUUUAAUGCUAUUCUUUUGAUUUGUGGCCAGUCUUGUUGUUGGCACUCAUGCAUUUUAAUUGGAUGGGGGGAUCUCCCAUAUAAGUUGAAGCAAGUCCCUUAAACGUCCAUUACCUUGGCAGACCUGUUUACCCUCAAACUCUUAAAAUCGUACAAUAUCAUCACAUAAUCGUUCAAUACAUUCUCUUUAUAGAAAAAAAAACGUGCAGUAUAUAUAAUUUAUACACCUCAAAAUCGUACAUUGUACGCCAAAAUCGUAAGAGUAAACAGGUCUGCCUUGGCUGUCCAUUUCUUGAAAUGCUAAGCUGUUGGAGUUAAUUGAGUGCUCUCCUCUUUAUUAUAUUAUGUUGUUUAAACAUUUUUAAACAGUUUAAAAACACAUUUUUUUUACAUUAGUAGAAUUCAGUUUUGUUUCAUUAUUUUAACUUGAAUAUAUUUUUAAAUAAUUGAAUGUAUUGAUUUUUAUCCUAAAUAAGUCUGACCUUGUUAAUCUGACAAAUCUUACCAUCUAUAUCACUCUUUGUGUAGAUAACUACUUGACUGAAUAUGGUGUUGAACUAUGUAAAAUAAUUUACAUUUUACUAAGACCUCUUAGAACUCUUAGAAUUUAUUUAUUGAAUACACAAUUUUCAAUUUAAUAAAAAUUCCAUUAAGUAUGUUUUAUGUAGAAUACCUUUCAUGAACAAUAACCCAAAGCUGUAAGAGGCAUGUGCAUUUUUACAAAAGAUUUUGUCUACUUGUUAAAAUCGAACAUUUAUAAAAAAAAAAAGUUUAAAAUAGGUUAUAGAUUGAGAUAAAUAUUAUUUAAGCAAAACUAAUAACUUAUUUAAACUUAUUCAUGUCCUAUGUAUAACCCUGCCAUAUUUUUUAGCCUAAUUUCCAACAAAUUUUGUUCAAUUUGGAAUACUUUUUAAAAAAACAACACUUUUAUAUAUAUAUUUUUUUAAAAAAUGUUUUUUUUUUGUAUUAAGUUAUUUUUUAAUGAAUUUUUUGGUUAUAUUUUGAUAAAGUGUUCGCUCCCUUCCUUUCAUUCCGAUCUAUUGUACAACAUCCUCUUUCAGUUGUAUAUUUCAAGGCUGACGAUUUGUUCACUUUCGGUCUAUGCAAGUGGCCACUUGCAAACAUGUUGAAUAUUUUUUUUUACUAUUAUACAUUGUAAAAUCUUGUGUUUUUUUUGUGGUCAAUAUUUCUUGCUAAAUUCAUUGGUGCGGUACUCCAUUUUGUAUGUAUAUCAUAGCAUCCAUUCCAAAUCAUAGCCAUUUAAUAACAAUAUAUUUUUUAUACAAAUACACAUUUUUACCUAUAUUGGAUUUGAUGUGAAAAGGAUGAGAUCACAAAAAACAAACUUUAAAAAAAACCCACAAGAUUUGUAAAUAUUUAUUUUUUACUUAAGCCAGAUCUGAGACAAUGGUGGCAAUUUGGUCGGUUUCUGUUAGUUUACAUUAAAUUUAAUGAAAGUCUUUCGUUUUUUAAAAACUUUUUUUGCUUACACGAAAAUCCCAAAUGAUAAAAUAAUCCUUUGCGGUAGAAAAAAAACACAACUUUUCUAAGAAAUCUGCUUUUGAUGUUUACUGGCAGUGUAAAUUUUUUCAAGUCUCCCCUAUAAACUAUAAACACAUUACAGUUUUGUUUUGACAUACAUAUGCACUGUCUACUUGUCUAAUCAGUGGCAUAAUGUACGAUUUUUAGAUAUGCUGGCAUGUGGGUUCAUUUCAAACCGUGUCUCCAUCUUUAAUUAUCAAACAAAACAAGGGUAGAAGUUUUAUCAGCUUUAUCAAAAAAAAUGUUUCCAUAACACGUUUUUCUUUGAGUUUACUUGUAAAAUUUGCCAGCUUUGUGCCUCUAGGAAGCUCAAACCAAAGGGCUGGAGGGACUGUCCCUGCCAGGGAGUAUCACUCCCUCUCUACUUCCACAUGUUGAACAGUUGUGAUAAAAGAACAUUAAACACAUGCAUUCUUGA